AUUAAAACAAAAAAUAUUAUAACAUGAGAACAUGCCGGUAACAAGAAAGAAGGUUAUAAAAACAGUGUACAAACAUGAAGAUAGUGAUGAAGAAACCGGUGAUUUUAGUGACUCAGGGUCAGAAGCGCACAUUUCUGAUGUGCCAAGCUCUGAAGACGAAGCUGAGGAAUUACCAGAAACGUCUGAAGAUGAAUUUGUCACAAAAACCAAAAAGAACGCCACGAAACCUAAACCAUCGAAGAAACCGUUCGCCAAAAGAUUAAUUAGCAAAAUAAAUAAACAAUCUCUCGAAAUGGAAAACACAUCUCCAACGAUCUUCACAGUUAAAGAUCUUACAGAUGAAGAUAAACUUCUUCCACCCAUACUCAAUUUAUCUGAAAGUGAUAGUAGUGAUGAAGAAACUCCAAAGGUAGCUGUGAAAAAAUUCACACCUCCAAUAGCUGAUGUCAAAGAACAAACCACUGACAGUGAUGAAGGCUCUCAAAUGAAUUACAAAGAUGUUUGGUCACAAAAUGUUGAUCAGAGUGAGGAAAUAGCAAAGAAGGCCUUCAUGGAGCUUGAACAACACAAAAAUAAAAUAGAAGAGGUGAAAGAAUCAAUACAAAACUACAAAGAUAUUAAGGAAGAAAAAAUAUCUGAUGUAAAAGAUCUUUUAGCACUUGGCGAAGAGGCUGCUCCACCUACAGAAGAUAUUGUAAAAAAGAAAACUAAACCGAGAAGAGUCAAAGAUGAGAGUGAUUCUGAAAUUGAAGACUGGGAAGAGGUCACAGAAGUGAAAACUGCCUCACAACAAGGUAUACAACUUAUUGUGAAAUUUCCUGAGGCUGGCUGUAAGAAAAAGAAAGCCAUUGAUGUGGAGAUGAUGAUGAAAAGAAAAAUUAAUAGAACAAGAAAAGAAAAUCAGAUUUAUAUGCAUAAAGUUCAUGUACUCUGCUGGUUAGGUUACGGUAAUUAUGUCAGUCGCGUUAUAAACGAUCAAGAUGUUAUGGCUGUAGCCCUUUCUUUGGUACCAUCAAAAGAAUGUUAUCCUAAGGACAGAGUUGAUAUGAAGUAUAUAGAACAAAUCACAAAAUGGUUUCGUGAGAAGUUGAACUUAAAACAAGAUAAAAAUGAAGAUAAAUUCAAACCUAAAGCCCCUCCACUAAAAACACUUGUACUAGAACAAAUCAACAGAAGAACUGUAACAACAAAGAAGUUUUUUGUUUUUGUAUUUGUUGCUUUAUUGCGAGCUCUCGGCCUACAGUGCCGUAUCAUGAUGAAUUUUGUUACACUGCCUCUAAAACCAUCGACAUUCGAAUUAUAUUCACUUUCAACAAAAGCAAAAGACAAUAAAAAUGAAAAAUCCAAAUCGGAAGUUGUUGAAGAAAAACAACAGAAACACAAAGAAGAUAGCGAAAAGAAAUCUAAUUCUAAAAAAACAUCAAAACCGAAAAUUCCGCAAGUGGACGGAAAUGACGAUGAUGGAAAUAUAUUUCAAAACAUAAUGCAAGUUGAUGGUAAUGAUGACACCCUUGGCGUCAAAACCAGAAGUACGAGAUCUGCAAGAGCUGGUAAUGUCAAUUCUCUUAAAAAUAAAGAAGAAACUGAAGAUGAUUUACCUCAAAAACGAUUAAAAAAAGACCCUAAACAGUCUACACAAAAUCCUUCCCUAGGUGAUAGAAAGCAGCCUAAUAGAUCAUUAAAAGGUGUAAACAGUAAACAUGGAAACCCUACAAACGUUUUGAUUGAUGAAAAUAAUGAUAAUAUUGCAAUGAAGAGAUCUACAAAGCUGUUACCAAAUCGAGCAAUUAAAUCAAUCAUCAGUGACAAAUUAGAUGGUAAAGAAAAAGACAAAACACCAAAAGAAAAUGCUUCUUCAAAACCACAAAGCUGCAAAAUUUUACCUAAACCUGAAUUAGAAAUUACAAAAAAGACUCUAGCGAAUGCAAAACCAGCCAAAAGAAAAGCAAUCAAAAAUAUUCCCCUUGUGUCUGAUGAAAACAAAAAGUCAGUUUCCAGCAAAUAUUUUCAAACUAACACAGCUACUGUUGACGAAAAUAAAAGCAGGACUUGUAGGAAAAGAUCGCACACCUUUGAAUCUAAUAAAACGAAUAAAAAUAACAGUUUGGAUGUUAAGGAGAAGGUCACUAAAGCAAGGACUAAAAGUGCAAUUAAUGAAGUAGAAAAAAGCAAAUACUUUUGUGAUACAGAAAUAGAAAGUAAACGAUCUAAAGUAACCAGACAUACAAGGUCAAACGAUGUCCAGGUCAAACCUGAGCAAAGAGUAAGUCAUAGAGAUCUAAAGAAAAUAAGUGAUAAAUCUAAAAAUGAUGUCACUGAGGACCUUGUGACAAUAAUAAAAGGCAGAAUAAAAGAAGCUAAGAGUGACUCAAAUAAGUUGAGAUCAAAAGCAAAAAAAAUAAAAGAAGAAUCAGAUAGUGACAGUGACCUCUUACCAGAAGAGGAAGUUCGCAAAAAUAUACCAGAAAGUGAUGAUGAUUUCAAACCACUUAAAAUUAGUCCUCGACCCAGUACAAGUAAGAAAAUAGAUCGUCGUGUACUUUCGUCAGAUGAUGAAAAACCUAAAAACAAAAUCGACAUUUGGUGUGAGAUUUUUGCUGAAGAACUUGAACAGUGGAUAUGUGUUGAUGUUGUUAGUGGAAAAAUACAUGACACAGAUACAAUUUAUACUCGUGCUACGCACCCGGUGUGCUAUAUUGUUGGCUGGGACAACAACAAUUACUUGAAAGACUUGACUAGAAAAUACGUGCCUCACUAUAAUACGGUGACGCGAAAAUUACGAGCCGAACUGGAUUGGUGGGAAAAAGCUCUAAGCCCGUGGGUUGGACCUAAGACUGCACGGGACAAAGAAGAAGAUGAAUAUAUAAAUAAGAUGCAACUUGAAGCACCUUUGCCGAAAAGUAUUGCCGAGUACAAGAAUCAUCCUCUGUAUGCUCUAAAAAGACACUUAUUGAAGUUCGAAGCUAUGUAUCCAUCAGACGCGGCAACAUUAGGAUUCGUACGCGGCGAAGCGGUAUACUCCAGGGACUGCGUGUACGUAUGUAGAUCACGAGAUCUGUGGCUUAAAGAGGCCAAAGUUGUCAAACUUGGUGAAAAACCUUACAAAAUUGUGAAAGCGCGGCCGAAAUGGGAUAAGUUAUCAAAUACAUUAAUCAAAGAUAAAGUUCUGGAAUUGUAUGGACCAUGGCAGGUUCAAGACUAUGAACCACCUGUAGCUGAAAAUGGAAUAGUGCCUCGGAAUGCUUAUGGAAAUGUAGAACUGUUCAAGGAAUGCAUGUUACCUAAAGGAACAGUGCGAAUUAAAUUACCUGGUUUAAAUAGAGUGGCAAGAAAAUUGAACAUAGACUGUGCACCAGCGAUGACCGGCUUCGACUACGACGGUGGCUGGUGUCAUCCUGUUUACGACGGCUUUGUUGUUUGUAAAGAGUUUGAGGGAGUGCUCACAGAAGCCUGGGUCCAGGAACAAGAAGAACAGGAAAAACGUGAACGCGAAAAAACCGAAGCCAGAGUCUAUGGAAAUUGGAAGAAGUUAAUCAGAGGUUUGCUCAUACGAGAAAGGGUCAAAGAUAAAUAUGGUUUCGAAAAACUCAGUGCGUCCCAACCAACAAAAGGUAAAGGAAAAGCACCUCGAUUUGUUGUAAAGAAAAAAUAGCUUUUAAUUUUUUUGACGUGACAACGUCUUAUAAUUCGAUGGAGCCGGCUGCACGCACGAAAAAACAUGACUCAUGCGGCGUUAC